AUGGUCAGCCCAGUGCUGUGUAUAUGUAUGGUUAGCCCUGGGUUGUGUGUAUGUAUGAUCAGCCCAGUGCUGUGUGUAUGUAUGAUCAGCCCAGGCCUGUGUGUAUGUAUGAUCAGCCCAGGCCUGUGUGUAUGUAUGAUCAGCCCAGUGCUGUGUGUAUGUAUGAUUAGCCCAGGCUUGUGUGUAUGUAUGGUCAGCCCAGGCCUGUGUGUAUGUAUGAUCAGCCCAAGCCUGUGUGUGUUUAUGGUCAGCCCAGGCCUGUGUGUAUGUAUGGUCAGCCCAGGCCUGUGUGUAUGUAUGGUCAGCCCAGACUUGUGUGUAUGUAUGAUCAGCCCAGGCUUGUGUGUAUGUAUGAUCAGCCCAGGGUUGUGUGUUUGUAUGGUAAGCCCAGGCCUGUGUGUAUGUAUGGUCAGCCCAGGCUUGUGUAUAUGUAUGAUCAGCCCAGACUUGUGUGUAUGUAUGGUCAGCCCAGACUUCUGUGUAUGUAUGGUCAGCCCUGGGUUGUGUGUAUGUAUGGUCAGCCCUGGCUUGUAUGUAUGUAUGGUCAGCUCAGACUUGUGUGUGUAUAUAUAUGGUCAGCCCAGACCUGUGUCCAGUGCUGGCCCUGUGGCUCGUGUGAUCGCCUUUAGGCUCCUUCCGGGCCAGAUUUAG